GAAAUUGCUGUUCCGGGCAGUCCCACGGUUAUGACGUAACGAAAAAAAACCAUCUAUUAUCAUUCAAUAAUUUAUAAUAUGUCCCAUGUAAUAAUAAUUUUAUGAGGUUUUUGUCCCAAAAAAACAACAGUUUUACAACAGACUACUGGUAAAUAUAUUUGGCUACUUAAAUACGUCAUCUUUUCGCGACUGCUCUUGCUGCUCUCCAGGAAGCGAAAUUAACAGGGCCUCUUGACUUUGCUAAGAAGAAGAGAAAACUAUGUCUGGAAGUUUUUAUUUUGUCAUGGUUGGUCAUCAUGACAACCCUGUGUUUGAGAUGGAGUUCUUGCCAGCUGGGAAGCCUGAAUCAAAGGAUGACCAUCGGCACCUCAACCAGUUCAUUGCACAUGCAGCCCUAGAUUUGGUGGAUGAAAACAUGUGGCUGUCCAACAAUAUGUACUUGAAAACUGUGGACAAGUUCAAUGAGUGGUUUGUUUCUGCCUUCGUCACUGCAGGACAUAUAAGAUUCAUCAUGCUGCAUGAUGUGCGUCAAGAGGAUGGAAUCAAAAACUUUUUUAAUGAUGUAUAUGAUUUAUACAUUAAGUUUGCAAUGAAUCCAUUCUAUGAAAUCAAUGCACCAAUCCGCUCUACAGCUUUUGAGAGGAAAGUACAGUUUCUUGGAAAGAAACAUCUCCUGAGUUAAUCACAUCACAUGCACAGGGAUUUGAAUGCCUCUUGUCUAUUAGUUGUACAUAUAAGUCACUUGUUGUUGUCUGUAUGUUUGUCUUUUCUUGUUUGACAAAUGUAACACAAAUGUGGAUUUUCUAUAAAGCAUUUUCUUGUCCUAA